UCCAAGUCGGGGAGUAAUGGCAUGAGUAGUGCUUUAUACUGUUUAGACAAGCUUUACAGUGCGCGUAAGAAACUUAACAUUCGACUCUUUGUGCUCUCACGUCAGUCACUAAUUUGGCCUGCAGGCACCGAGAGGCGAGGCGGAAGACUGUCGGACAAAUUGUAAACUUAGUCAAGAGCGACUAAAGUCCCCAAAACUCACAAGCUGAAGAGGCUUCAAACGCAAACGAUUCAUCCUUUCUGACAAAAAGGAUACGCUGCUGGACAUGUGAAUUUAAAGGAGAUACUCGCCAAGCACAACAAUGAAACCAACGACUGUCCCGUGUUGCUUCGGCUUUCUCCUGACUUGCCUUUUGUUCGGGUUGAGCUCUUCGCAAUCAGGUAAUGUGCUAGUGGGUGCAGCUGUGAUGACCGCAUAUGUGAUGAGUAACACAGCUUUACUUCAUGGAUCCCAGAUUAAAAUGCACUUAUGUGCUGGUACAGAGAACAAGCUGAGCACCCUGUCGGACCUGGAGCAGCAGUAUCGCACCUUGAGGAAAUACUACGAGAACUGUGAAGUUGUAAUGGGCAACCUUGAGAUCACAAGCAUCGACCGCAGUCGGGACCUCACCUUCCUCAGAUCCAUCCGAGAAGUGACGGGCUACGUGUUGGUGGCGCUGAACCAGUUUGACUACCUCCCUUUGGAGAACUUGAGAAUCAUCCGAGGAACCAAGCUCUACGAGGACCGCUACUCCCUUGCAAUCUUCCUCAACUACCGACGUGAUGGGAACUUUGGCCUGCGCCAGCUCGGUCUGAAAAACCUCACAGAGAUCCUGAGUGGAGGUGUGUAUGUUGACCAGAACAAGUUCCUGUGUCAUGCGGACACAAUCCAUUGGCUGGACAUUGUCAAAAGCCCCCGGAUGCAUCCUGUGGUGGUACCCACCAACAGCAGUGUCACAUGUCAAAAGUGCAAUCGUUCCUGUAAUGGUCGUUGCUGGGGACCCAAAGGGGACCAGUGUCAGAGCUUAACUAAGACGGUAUGUGCUGAGCAGUGUGACGGCCGUUGCUUUGGUCCCUAUGUUAGUGACUGCUGCCAUCGUGAGUGUGCAGGUGGCUGCUAUGGACCGAAGGACACAGACUGCUUUGCCUGCACCAACUUCAAUGACAGUGGGGCCUGUGUGACCCAGUGCCCCCAGCCCUUUGUCUACAACCCCACCACCUUCCAACUGGAACACAACCCCAGGGCGAAGUACACCUAUGGAGCCUUCUGUGUCAAGAAGUGUCCUCAUAACUUUGUGGUGGACCAUAGCUCCUGUGUGAGAGCGUGCCCCAGCAACAAGAUGGAGGUGGAGGAGAACCGCAUUAAGUUGUGCAUUCCUUGUACUGACAUCUGCCCGAAAGCGUGUGAUGGCAUCGGUACAGCCAGCCUACAGACAGCUCAGACAGUGGACUCCAACAACAUCGACAAGUUUGUCAACUGCACCAAAAUCAAUGGCAACCUGGUGUUCCUUAUCACUGGGAUCAAGGGGGAUGUCUAUCACAACAUUGAAGCUUUGGACCCAGAAAAACUCAAUGUAUUCCGCACCGUUCGGGAGAUCACAGGCUUUCUGAACAUCCAGUCUUGGCCUGACAACAUGACAGACCUGAGUGUUUUCUCCAACCUGGCAACGAUAGGGGGAAGAGCGCUGUACAGUGGGAUCUCCCUGCUGGUGUUGAAGCAGCAGGGCAUCUCAUCACUGCAGCUCCAGUCCCUGAGAGAGAUCAGUGCUGGGAAUGUCCACAUUGCAGAGAACAGCCAGCUUUGCUACUACAGCACUGUGAACUGGACAAGACUGUUCCGUGCUCCAAACCAGAAGGUUCUCAUGCGCAACAACCAGAGCCCAAAGAAGUGCUCCAAGGAGCGCAUGGUGUGUGAACCGUUGUGUUCGGACACCGGGUGUUGGGGUCCUGGCCCAGACCAGUGCCUCUCCUGCAGAUACUUCAGCCGUGGACGGACCUGUGUGGAUACCUGCAAUCUUUAUGAAGGGGAUAUUCGAGAGUACGCCAAUGAGUCCGUGUGUGUGGAGUGUGAUGCCCAGUGCGAGCGAGCUGACGAUGACUCCUUGACCUGCACUGGUCCGGGCCCCGAGCGAUGUGUGAAAUGCGUCCAUUUCAAGGACGGUCCUAAUUGUGUUGAAAAGUGUCCCGAUGGCCUGCAAGGUGCCAACAGCUUCAUCUUCAAGUAUGCAGAAGCCAACAAUGAAUGUCAUCCCUGCCAUGCCAACUGCACCCAGGGGUGCAUUGGACCAAGACUGCAAGACUGUAUUGGCUGGAUGGACAGAACCCCUCUGAUCGCAGCAGGGGUGAUCGGCGGCCUCUUUUUGGUGGUGAUCAUGGUGCUGAGCGUAGCGGUGUCUGUGCGCCGUAAGAACAUCAAGAAGAAGAGAGCCCUCCGUCGCUUCCUGGAGACAGAGCUGGUGGAACCUUUAACACCGAGUGGAACUGCACCCAACCAAGCCCAGCUUCGCAUCCUGAAGGAGACAGAACUCAAAAGGGUCAAGAUUCUCGGGUCCGGGGCCUUCGGGACUGUUUACAAGGGUAUUUGGAUCCCAGAGGGUGAAACCGUGAAGAUUCCUGUCGCCAUUAAAAUCCUAAAUGAGGCUACGGGACCCAAGGCUAACGUGGAGUUCAUGGACAUGUUGACACUGCAGGAGGCCCUGAUCAUGGCUAGCAUGGAGCACUCCCACCUGGUCCGCCUGCUGGGUGUCUGCCUGAGUCCCACCAUCCAGCUGGUCACACAACUGAUGCCUCAUGGGUGCCUGCUCGACUAUGUCCUCGAGCACAAGGACAACAUCGGAUCCCAGCUGUUGCUCAAUUGGUGUGUCCAGAUUGCCAAGGGGAUGUUGUAUCUGGAGGAGCGGAGGCUGGUCCACAGGGAUCUGGCAGCCCGAAAUGUCCUGGUCAAAUCUCCCAACCACAUCAAGAUCACCGACUUUGGUCUGGCGCGGCUGCUGGAUGUUAAUGAGAAGGAGUAUAAUGCUGAUGGAGGAAAGAUGCCCAUCAAAUGGAUGGCACUGGAGUGUAUCCAUUACCGGAAAUUUACUCAUCAGAGUGACGUUUGGAGUUACGGGGUAACCAUCUGGGAGGUGAUGACCUUUGGUGGGAAGCCGUACGAUGGGAUUUCCACCAGAGAUAUCCCAGACCUGCUCGAGAAAGGAGAGCGUCUUCCUCAGCCUCCCAUUUGCACCAUCGACGUCUACAUGGUCAUGGUCAAAUGCUGGAUGAUUGAUGCAGACAGUCGGCCCAAGUUCAAGGAGCUGGCUGCAGAGUUCACUCGGAUGGCUCGAGAUCCCCAAAGAUACUUGGUCAUCCAGGGUGACGACCGCAUGAAGUUGCCUAGUCCCAACGACAGCAAGUUCUACCAGAGCCUCCUGGAUGAGGAGGAGCUGGAAGACCUGAUGGAUGCUGAAGAGUACCUGGUGCCUCACUCCUUCAACAUUCCACCACUGGCAUACACUCCCCGCACACACAUGGACUCCAGCAAGAACCAGUAUGGUUACCAGGACCCCAGUUUCAGCAUGGAGGACAUGCUGACCAACCUCCCCAGAGUGGUCUCUGUUCCAUCUGUGUCUGGAGGCUGCCUCCCACCACAGGACCUGUCCUCAGGUGGGCAGAUUGGUGGAGGAUUUGGCCGUGGCAACCAGGACGACCCUCGCUGCAAUGGAACCCUGAGGAAGCAGGCCUCCCCAAGGUCACGUACCAUUGUACCUGGUUCAGCUCUCACUGCGGGACAAGGUGGAGGGGAGGACAGCAGUGGACAGCGUUACAGUGCCGAUCCCACCGUUCUUUUAGCAGAACGAGGAGCAAAAGGAGACAAGGACCAGGAUGGCUACAUGACUGCCAUGAGAGACAAGAACAACUCAGACUAUCUCAACCCAGUGGAGGAAAACCCCUUCGUCACACGUCGUAGGAAUGGCGACGCCCAUGCAGUGAUGGAUGGAGCGGGUUGCCACACCCUGCACAUGGCUGGAGCUGCCGCUCCCCCCAAGAGCCAAUCCACCCACGGGGAGGACGAGUAUAUCAACGAGCCACUGUACCUGAAUACCUUCCUCAACCCUGGAGACAAGAACGGAUUGGCUGGUGCAAUCUCCAUCUCUGGCCCUGGGUCCUCUGCUGCCCAAUCAGUAUCGCAGACAGUCAACCCAUCAACAUCAAGCCACACGGUCUCCUCCACUGGAUACGUAGUUCCCCCUGGCCACCUCCCUCACCCAUCGUAUCCAUCACAUACCAUGCAUUCGGGGCAUUCAGGACACGCUUUGCACUCAGGCAUCACCAGCAGCACAAUCAUGUUCGAUAAGAAGGGCAAGAAGGCUACUUUUGACAAUCCUGAAUACUGGCAGCACAGUCUACCCCCGAAGUCCUCACUGCACAACCCCGAGUACCUGCAGGACUGCAGCACACGCUUCUUCUAUCGGCAGAAUGGACGCAUUCGCCCCGCUGUGGCGGAAAACCAGGAGUACUUGUCCGAGGCUGCUAUGAAAGCUGGCAAUGUGUUGCCGCCCCCUCCUUACAGACAGAGGAACACUGUAGUGUAGUGACCAACCUGUAGCACAAUGGAGGGAUGAAUAGAGGGAAAGGGGUAAUGAAGAAUGGAUGUUAAACAGCCCUCUCGUUUUCAUGCAGUAGUUCUCAACCUGGGGUCUCCUUGCACUCUCUCUGAACACGUCUCUCUGUUAUGUCUGAUUGCAAGUCUUUUAGUCUUAUUCCAAGGUUCUGUCUUUUCUUGACAGGAUUACAAUAACAGUCACUGACAGCCUCACUUGACGAUAAAACCAUCACUUUUAGCUCCUGUUUUGGCCAUAAAAGCAAGUAGACACUUCUCUUUGUGGUAGGUUCUAUUCUGCAGCACACCGUCCUGCCAUGUUAAGUAUUAGAACAGCACCAAAACAACACAAUAAAAGAAGUGAGAUGUUUAAUCAGAGAAAGAACUCAGAGGAGAAAUAAACUAAGGUUAGCCCAAAGAGAGGAUUAUCGCCAUGACCUUACAUGGUUUUCUUUCUACACCCAUCAAUUAAAGUCAUUUAAGCACAUUACCACUGAGAUAAAUGUACCAUUGCUUGUGUGCAAUUCAAUGGCACAUGCACAUGGAGUUGUGUCGUGACUUACCAGCAAACCCACAGUCAUGCUGAAGAUCCCAGAUGUGGCUUGCAUGGUUGCCCACACGCUUCCUUUACUUUUACAUGUUGCUGCACAAGUAACCUAAAACCUAAAACAUAACCUAAAACAUGUUAACAUGCCUGCAGUCUUGACACACCAAUAACAUCCAUGCAUUAAUUCAUGAGUUAAAAACAGCGACAGAUAAGCUUGCUGCCUCUCAAUUGACCUUGUGCUGGAGGACUGUGUGUGCGCGGAUAAUGGCAGUCAGUGUUGCAGUACAGAGAAAGGAAAGUAAAUGUCACUGCAGUUUUAUGGAAAGCUGUGAUAUCAGCAAGUACCUGGUGGAAAGCAUUGGCCAGAUUAUUGGCCUGGCUAGGCUGGGAUUUAAAAGGUUGAUCACUCAGAAGAUGAUCCUUAGCUUCCCACGUCCUUCUUGUUCCACUUUCAUCUACAACAAUCUGCUCCGAAGGGCCAGAAAAUCAUCCACUUCAAUAUUACCUUCAUAAGAUCAUUGUAACCAGCAUCUUGACUGACACAACCAAUGGUAACUGCAGUACAAGGAAUACUGUUUCAAUGGAACUGGUGCUUGUGAAUGGACAGAUAUUUUAACAGGGGAAGAAGUAUGGUGAUGGUGUAUAUAAAGGGGAAAAUAUACUGUUUUUGAAUCUGGAUUCGAUUUAUUUUUUUUUUGCCAUCAGGGAUCUGUUUUCUUUGUCACCUUGUCUUACACUAAUUAUUACGCAAACAGCACAGACACCGGGCCACGAAAGAGCACUGUGGUUGUGGCUAAAAGGCUAACCAUGCAGAGCUGUAAAUACGCAAAUUACAUGUCAAUUACCAGACAGAUACAGUGCCAGAAAAAGGCUCUGUGAACCGAGCCGUGACUGGAAGUACAUCAAAAGACGAGGAUAAACGUUUUUUCUGCACCUCUCUGUGUCCAUACUAUUGUAUGUUCUGAAAGCAGAAAAUUAACGUCGACCACGUAGUCACGACUCCCGGGCCUUGCUCUGUCUCUUAUCGUGAAGGAGGGAACAGGAGAGACUGUCAAAACUGUCAAAGGAGGCUUCUUCAAGAUUUCUACCAUGAAACAAUAUGAUAAAAUGGGACACUUUCUUUUCUAUUGGUAUUUGACAUUGAUGGGGAGACAUUACAAGUUAUCACUGAAUUCACUGAUGGCUAGCUUUCUGUACUCAUACAAUACUGCCAGAUGCCACAGUAAACUCUGAUGGAGACCACUAGCAUCUGUCGUCAAAUGACUUUGAAGCCUAAUUCAGGAUGGGGUUGAUCAUUUAAUAGCACUUGAUGCGCUUACACAGCCAAAUGACUUUGCUGUUAUUCGAACUCUAAGCGGCAAUUCUGUCUUUUUAUCUUUUCAUCAUGUUCCAACUAUGAUUUACAGUGAGAUGCUGAGGCCUCGUGUUAUCUGUUUCAUCGGGCAUUUUACGAACAAAGGAGCAUCCCCACUCUAAACAAUAUCAAGAUAGUAGUUGGGUUGGGAGAUACAGAACGAUGUACAACGGGGAUAGAAAUUUGUCAAUUUUUCGAUACCCUUUCUACGCAGGUAGCUAUCCCCUUGGUAUCUCUAAUUUUACUACACUAUUGCAGGCAGAUUUACAGGAUUUUUGUAUCAAUGUGAUGAAAUACCUUGAUUGUUAAGAUUGUUGUUAAGGUAUUUCAUUUACUGGAGUGAAGGGGUAUUCCAGUGAUUUAGCACUGCACUCAAAAAAGACCAAAA